UGCUAUCAAGAAGGCAGACGGUGUAUUAUGGCUAACAGGAGUAGGAUCUUGAAGACUGUGUUGAUAGAUUUAAGUGGAACAUUACACAUUGGAAAUGAAAUUACACCUUCAGCAGUUGAAGCACUUGAGAAGUUACGACAGAAGAACUUGAAAAUCAAAUUUGUCACCAACACAACAAAAGAAUCUCGUAGAAUAUUAUUUGAAAGGUUAUGCAAACUUGGCUUCAAAAUAAGAGAUGACGAAAUAUGGAGUUCACUCUGGGCAGCAAGAGAUACUGUUGCUUGUCGCUCCUUGAAACCUUUUCUUCUCGUCAGUUCAGAGGCCCUUGAAGAUUUCAAAGGAUUGACAGAGUUUGAAGGGGAACCCAAUGCAGUUGUUGUUGGUCUAGCUCCUGAGCACUUUCAUUAUGAAAGUCUUAAUAAAGCGUUCAGAUUAUUAUUGGAUGGAGCCAGCCUCAUAGCAAUCCAUGAAGCAAGGUACUACAAGAGUGAUAAUAAUCAACUUGCUCUUGGUCCAGGGCCAUUUGUCAAAGCUCUUGAGUACGCUGCAAGCUGCAAGGCUGAAGUCUUAGGAAAGCCAUGUCCGGCUUUCUUCCGUACAGGGCUAGAGGGUGUAGAUGCUGAAGAAGCUAUCAUGAUUGGUGAUGAUGCUAGAGAUGACAUACAAGGAGCUCAAGCUUUAGGAAUGAGAGGAUAUCUGGUUAAAACUGGAAAAUAUAGAGAAGGUGAUGAGAACAAGAUUAAUCCCCCUCCAUAUCGUAUAGUUGACAACUUUGCAGCAGCAGUUGAGGACAUUUUGAAAGAACUAACAAAUCAAGAAGUGUCUGCUUAGUGUAAACAUGUUAUAAGGAUUUAAUUAUUAAAUUGAUAUUUGUUGA